CAUCGUGAUCGCGUGCCGUUUGUUUCGCACACCCGCCAUUUUCCCUUCCUCUGGUGUUGUCGUUACGUCUCGUGGACUCUAUCCCUGUCCUGCUUAUUUCGGAUCCGUCGAUCCCUUUCCCUUCUCCUCCCUCGCUUCCUGCCCACUGCGAGCUGCACCAUAAGGAACCAGGGCAGGGGCAUAAUGAGAAACAGCAUCUUGGGAACGAUAUUGUUGAUACUUUUUUAUCUCUGGAAUCAUGCGUACACUACCAAGGCAGGGAUAACUAGUGGUUUCACCCGUUCUGAAUGGCCAUCAACUGAUAUCCCACUUGACAACGAGGUUUUUGCUAUUCCAAAAGGAUAUAAUGCACCCCAGCAGGUGCAUAUUACUCAAGGUGAUUAUGAUGGAAGGGCUGUCAUUAUUUCGUGGGUAACUCCCAAUGAACCUGGUUCUAGUAAAGUUUUCUAUGGGAAAUCUGAGCACGAGUACAAUCAUCAUGCUGAGGGAACAUUUACAAACUACACCUUCUACAAUUACAAAUCUGGGUAUAUCCACCACUGCACGGUUAAUGAUCUUGAGUAUGAUACCAAGUACUACUACAAGAUUGGUGAAGACGAAUCUGCUCGCGAGUUUUGGUUCCACACACCACACAAGAUUGAUCCAAAUGCUUCUUAUACCUUUGGUAUUAUUGGUGACUUGGGCCAAACAUUUAAUUCUCUCUCCACACUAGAGCAUUACAUGCAGAGCGGUGGGCAGACAGUUUUAUUUGUUGGAGAUCUUUCAUAUGCUGACAAUUAUAAAUAUGACAAUGGUAUCCGCUGGGACUCAUGGGGGCGUUUUAUUGAGCGGAGUGUUGCUUAUCAGCCAUGGAUAUGGACAGUUGGGAACCACGAAAUUGAGUACAAGCCUGAUCUGGGAGAAGUCACUCCUUUCAAACCUUACCAACAUCGUUAUCUUACACCUUACAUGGCAUCAAAGAGUAGUUCUUCUCUUUGGUAUGCAGUGAGGCGUGCAUCUGCUCAUAUCAUUGUGCUAUCUAGCUAUUCUCCCUUUGUGAAGUACACACCUCAAUGGCAAUGGUUGAAAGGUGAACUGCAAAAUGUGGAUAGGGAAAUGACUCCCUGGCUUAUUGUUCUCAUGCAUGCGCCUUUAUACAACAGCAAUGAUGCACAUUACAUGGAGGGUGAAAGCAUGCGCGUGGUUUUUGAGAAAUGGUUUGUCAAGUACAAAGUUGACCUUGUAUUUGCAGGUCACGUACAUGCAUAUGAGAGAUCGUAUCGUAUUUCCAAUAUAAACUACAAUGUAACAAGUGGGCAACGUUAUCCUGUACCAAAUAAAUCUGCUCCUGUAUACAUAACUGUUGGAGAUGGAGGAAAUCAGGAAGGGCUUGCUGGAAAGUUUCUAUACCCACAGCCAGACUAUUCUGCUUUUAGGGAGGCCAGCUAUGGCCAUUCAACGUUGGAGAUAAGGAAUAGAACACAUGCAUUUUACCAUUGGAAUCGCAAUGAUGAUGGACAACGUGUGGCUACAGACUCUGUUGUAUUUUACAACCAGUACUGGUCAAGCAAUCAGAGAAGAAGAAGAUUGAAGAAACACCAUCGCAAGACUAUUGGGGAACUUAUCUCUAUGUUAUGAUACGGUCAAUUCACAUGGCACCUUGGCAUACUCAGGUUGCUUGAAAUCAUCUCUUCGAAACGACAGAAUUCUCCGAUAAAAAUGAAAUAUUUGUUACUUCUCAGUGAAAGCAACCUCCUAUGCACAGAGCAUUGGAGCUGUCAGCUUCCUCUCCACGUUCUAAGAGUAUCCAAGGCUUGGUGGUAGGGACCUUUUUUUUUUUUUUAAGUUGAAAAUAUCGUGUUGCAUUGUACGACACAACCAUUUUCAAGGGUGUAUUGUAUCGCUUUUGCUAAAAGUUACAUUAAGUAAAUACUGAUGGUAUGCUCUGUUACAUACAGUACUGGGUUGAGCUGUAUCUUUGACAAAUUUUAGGAAGGUGUUGAAUUAUAAUUUGCCUUUUCCUGGUA